CUUUUCACCACCGGUGGGUUUCGCUUUGGAUUUUGGUGAAAAUUUUGCAUUCUCAUGUAGCUGAGCAUGCCGCAAAGAUCCUCUGACUGUGAAUUUCCAAGAAAAAAGUCCCAUCUUUCAAAGAAAAAUCGAGUUAAUCCAUACUUGAAAAAACCAAAGUGCGAAGAGAAGUGUCUUUUUGUUGCUUUAACCCAUAUCAUGAUGUCAUCGCAGCAAUUAGAUGAAAACUACCUCAGCACUAGAUAUAUGGAAACAAUGUCCUUGUAUAUUACCAAGAUCGAAGACCCGAGCUUGAGGUCUCGGCUGUUAGGGGACAUAGCCCUACUUGUUGCAAAAUAUCGAGAGCUUGAUUUGAAGAAAAAAGAAGACAAGAAAGGAGAAAGAGAGAGAAGAAGUGAGAAGGAACGACGAGUGAAAAGCAGCAGAGGGACCUCAAGCUCGAUAUGGAUACUUCCAAUUCCGGAGAUAUUUUUCUACCCUACACGAAGGUGACAAACAAGAACAACGCACACACUGACAAAGAUGGAUGGACAACAGUCACACCCAAAAGAAAACACCUUUCCUCUACGGAUUCACCACAAAAGGAUCCCAAGAAAAGACCUACAAACUCCAAUCCCGGAAAAAAAAUUCCAGUGAAAGUGAACCUUAAUAAUUCUAAAUUUAGUGUACUUAGUGACUCAAAUGUUAACAGUGAAAAAAUUGUAAAACCCUCCCUUCCUCCUCCCAUUUUUGUCUCGCGAAUCAAAGAUUCAGCCAAAUUUAGGGAAAUCAUAGUUGACUCAAUUGCCCCAGCGGCAAAAAUGAAAGCAAUCAAUCGUACACAACUAAAAAUUGUUGUCAAUUCGUUUGAUGAGUACAAAAAUUUAACCAACUCAUUCAAAGAGAAAAAGAUUCCCUUCCACACAUUUCAACCAAGAAAUGCUAAAGCUGUCAGAAUGGUAAUUAAGGGUUUACCAGUAGACUUUCAGACAAGUGACAUUAAAAAUAGUUUAGAAACUAAUGAAAACAUUAUCAUCAGGAAUGUAAGCCAAGUACGCAGACUAAAAGACAAAAGUAAACUAGCCCUCUUUUUCGUCGACUUCGAACCAUGGGCAAACUUCUCUGACUUCAAAAAAAGUUUAGACUCCAUUAAGGAAAUUAAAAAUUUUCUAGUUUCUUUUGAACCACCCAAACUUCAAAGAAGGAUCAUUCAGUGUAAAAACUGCUGGUCUUUUGGGCAUGCAAAAGGGGGAUGUUUUCGUCCACCACGUUGCAUAUGGUGUGGGGACUUUCACGAAGCACAGGUGUGUCCCAUAAGAACCCCCUCAAUUGAAGGCAUUCCAACAUGUUCACCACCCCCAAAUUGUGCUCUCUGCGGAGGUCAACACCCCGCAAACUUUUUAGGCUGCAAGGUCAGAACCGAAAUUCAAAAAAGAAAAUUUCCACCGAAAAAAGAGGAAAAAAUUCAGAAUACUGAGAAACAAGACAAAAUUAAAAAGUCUUAUUCUGAUAUAUUACGAGGUCAAGACCAAGCGCAAUCAAUUCAAUCAAAUAAAACCUCUGACUUACAAUCAAUUAUGAAUGAAUCAACUAUCAUUAAAAAUUAUCAACUCCAGCUCGAGCUGAUUGAUAAGAAAUUAGAUAAACACGAAAAAAUGAUAGAGGAGCAAACUAAUAAUUUCAUGGAAGUUGUAAAAGCUUUAACAGAAGUCGUACAAAAAAACUCAUUUAUGCUAGACGCUUUAGCAAAAAUUAUAUCGCUUAAAAAAGAUUAAAUUAUAUGUCUCCUAAGGCUCCUUGUUUUAACUUGAGCAUACAAGGAGACAUUUUCUGUCUCAGAUGAAUAGCAUACUGAAACUUGUUCAAAAAAUCGACCCAUAUUAUUAUGUAAUAAUUUGGCUCUAAAUUCUCCACCUGUUUAUUUUAGGUUGGUCUUUUCUUUUUUGUUAAAAAUAGUAGAUAGCUUAUAAGGCUAAAGUUAAAAACGCUUUUCAAAGAUUGUGUAAAUCUAAAAGCUCUUUUCUUGUACAAUGUUAAAUUCGUUUUGUGCAAAUAAAAAAAAAAAAAAAAA